UUCUUUUGACAAAAGGAUGAAGUCUCUAUCUGUCAGGGAAGCCGAGAUAUUGCAAAAUAAAAAAGGUCUUCAACUUUUGAACAGCACUUUUUAUAUAAAAAUUAACCCGGUCCUGAAAGGGUUAAAAACCUGAAUGGCUCACUUGAGAAUCUUCUUUCGUACAGUGCUGUUCAAAAUUAUAGAAUCACAUGGAACUUUAAAAAUAUAUUCAGUACGGAAGAUCUGUUAUGUUGAAUAUGUUGUAUGUUCCUAUAACAAGUUAAAUUCAUUUGUAUUUAUUGUUUUCAGGCGUGUAUGUUGACAUUUUAUCCAAAGUUUGAUUAUGACCAAUUAAACAGUGGUAUAAUAGAAAUCAUUUAUUUAAUUGAUGUCUCCAAUUCAAUGGAUGGUAAACCAUUAAAACAAGCGAAACAGCUGGCAUUUAUUUUUCUAUCGAAUAUGAUGCCAAUUAAAAAUAAUAGUGCCAAUAUUUUGUUCAAUGUUGUUAUAUUUGGAUCGGAUAAUGAUGAAUGUUUUCCAACAUCGCACCCGGCAACAAAAGAGAAUCUUGAUAAAGCAAAACACUUUGUUUUACAUUCGGCCGAUCAUCGUGGCAAUACAAAUUUAGUUUCUGUAUUACGAAUAUAUUCAUUAUUGCCAUCAAACAAUGGACGAAAUUUUGUUCUACUAUCAGAUGGACAUAUAAAUGAUAUUAAAUCAAUUGUUUUAUUAUUGAAGCAAAGUCAAAUGAAUGAUGAUCGAUUUUUUACGUGUUCAAUUGGUGACAUAGCUAAUAAACAUAAUUUAAAACGAUUAGUUAAUUCUAGUAGUGGUGGUGGCUUAGCAACGGUAUUCGAUACAAAUUAUCGUUCAAAAUGGAAAGCUAAAGUAUUGAAUAUUCUAGAAAAUCUCCGUCAACCGUGUGUCAAUGGAAUUGUUAUCGAUUGGCACAAUGAUCAAGUUGAUGAAAAUAAUAAUUAUCAAUUUAUUCAAGCGCCAUCAAGGAUAAUGUCGUUAUUCAACGGAAUGCGUUUGACUGUAUAUGCCUUUAUUAAUAACUGUUACAAGGCAACAUUGAAAGCAAAUGUAAACGGUCAAGAAUUAACUACAACUGUUUUUACAAGCAUGAGGACUGCAACAACGGGCCGAAUUUUACAUUGUCUAACCACUCGUGGAAUUAUUGACGAUUGGGAAAAUGGUUUGUUAAAUAUGGACGAGUCAGUUAACGAACAAUUAAAAUCUCAAUAUAAACAAAAUAUUAUUGAUUUGAGUAAAAAAUAUUCAAUUGGUAGUCCAUUUACAAGCUUUAUUGCAAUUGAAGAAAGAAAUAAAGAUGAUGAUAAUGGCAUACCACAAGUUCCAGGUGUACGUCUACUUGACAUUAUGCUUGAAAAAGAUACUGAUUUGUUACCAUAUUUGGCUUGGGAUGGAGAAAAGGCACAGGUAUUUAGUUUAUAG